UUUCAAAAAAAAAAUAACCUUCGUGAGCAAAUCAAUUAUAUAGCCCAAAAUAUCUCUUUCACCUCUUUUUCAACCUGCACCUGUGUCCUUGCCAGCAUACAAUGCAGAUAUUAUUGCAAAACCAUAGAAAGGUCACGGGCGAUUAUUGCUAUCCUCCUAAUCACACUUUUCAUGGAGUUCGAGAUAAGUUACGGUGUAACUCUGCUCACUCUAUUACUUUUCUUCCGUCACAUACACUACUACCGACACCGUAACCCGCGACCGGUUCAUCUCCGACGCUAAGAAGGCAGUGCUUGUGUCCUCCAAUGGCAACUUCAAACUGGGCUUCUUCAGCCCCGGAAAGUCUAACAACCGGUACCUUGGUAUUUGGUUCAACAAAGUUUACGAACCUACUUUUGUCUGGGUCGCCAAUAGAGUCACCCCAAUCGAAAACAAAACUGGAGUUUUCAAGAUCCACGAUGAUGGCAACAUCGCCGUCUUCGACACCGGCGACGAAAGAGGGCUACCGGUCUGGUCUACCAAUGUGUCGUCAAUUACUACCAAUUCCACCGCCGUGCUCUUACCUUCGGGCAAUUUGGUUCUGACCAAAACAAACGGUUCCAGCCACGCCCACACGGUUGUUGUAUGGCAAAGCUUUGAUUACCCAACUGCUACGCUUUUGCAGGGAAUGAAAUUGGGGUUGGACCGGAGAAGCGGUCUCAACCGGGUGCUGACAUCUUGGAGGUCUGAGAAUGACACGGCACCGGGUGAUUUCUCACUGGCGGUUGAUACAAGAACUCGGCUCCGAUCUGGCGGGCGGGGCCAUGGAACGGUAUAUUAUUCAAUCUCAGUACCAAAUACUUCAACAUUUCAAAGACUUGUGCUAUUACCGGUGGGAUCAGUCUUUCGGGCAAUAUGGCGAACCGAUUCCAAAGAUUGGGUUUUUUUUGUGGGUUCGCAAGAUAGUUGCGACGAAUACUCCCGGUGUGGGGCUUCAGCCAUAUGCAACAAUUACAACACGAUGCAGUGCACCUGUUUGCCUGGGUUCCAACCGCAGUCCCCUCGAGAUUGGUUCCUAAAUUGUGUGGAGAAGAAGCAAUCGUACACAUCUGGAAAGGGUGUUGGUGAAGGAAUUAUAAAACUAGCAGGUUUGAAGAUUCCGGACGCUAAGGUAUGCCAAUUGUAUAAGAAUGUGAGCUUGGAAGAAUGCGAAAGGGAGUGCUUGAACAAGUGUAACUGCACGGGGUAUGCCAGUGCCGAUGCCAAUGUUGGGGGACGCGGUUGCUUUGCAUGGUUUGGUGAGUUAAAUGAUAUUAAACAGUACAAUCGCACCGAAGAUGGACAAGAUUUUUACCUCCGCGUCGAUGCUCUGGACCUUGGGCUUGGACUACAAUUGGGCUUGAAGUACAAUGACGUGGCAGAGGUUUGGGCCGUGAGAAGAGACUGGGCUGAAGAUGUGCAGUAAUUAAAUUGGGCUGAAGAACUUUAUCAUGCAACAUGGAUCAGAUAAUUUAUUUGGACUAUAAUUGGGGUUGCAGCGAUGUUUCAGUUAAAUGAGAAUUUAAUUCUGCAUGGAUUAUGUUUAAAGGUGCAACAAAUAGAGUUGGUUUGGAUAACAUGAAGUAACAAAUAGAUAAGGAGUAGAUUACUAAUAGAUAUCAAUUAAUUAAUUUAUUUGCAUAAUAAUAUUUAUCUAUAGGAUAAAGUUACUAUUUGAAAACAGUAUUUAGUUAUUUGAUAGAGUUUUGAUGUAAUUAGAAUGUUUAUGUAUAGGUUUUUGUUAACGUUUUAUUCUAUAAAUAAUCAAAGAGGCAUGCUGAGAUAAGGAUCCAAUACCCUCAGAAUCAUUAUAUUAUUUUGUUUGCUUUCUCAAACAUUUUCCAGAAAAGCAUCCUUAGGUUAAGGAUGGCC